CCUCUGACAUCAACAAUACUCCUACUUCUUACAUCUUCACAUUAAUAUCCAAUUUGCACAGAACAACUUUCUGCCUAAUUCCUCAGAAUCCACAAAUUUGGUGUCGUGUACUUUUUAAACAUGGUUAAAACUUCCCAAAAGCAGAAACCCCAAAACAUUUUACAGAAAGAACAGCAAGAUUUGAAGGGAGUGCGCAAGAGAAAAUGGGGGAAAUGGGUUUCGGAAGUGAGAAUGCCCAAAUCCCGAGCCAAAAUUUGGUUAGGGUCUUACGAUACAGCUGAACAGGCUGCUCGCGCUUACGACUGUGCAGUUUACUGCCUCAGAGGAUCGAAUGCCAAAUUUAAUUUCCCUCAAUCUCUGCCUGAAAUUCCGUCGGCUUCCUCGCUUUCUCCGGCACAGAUUCAAGCUGUUGCCGCCAAGUUCGCCAAAGAAGAAUUCCGGCAGCCCCCAGAAUUCCGGCAGCCGCCGGAUGAGUACUCUGUAGUUUCGACUCCCGAAUCGGAAUGUUCUACGGGCAGUGUCCAGAAUUUGGAGCAGGAGGAAUGGAUGCUGCUGUUUGAUUCGCUUCUUGAGGAUAUGGACAGAUACCCUAGCCUAAAUUUUGAAGAUUUACCUAUAAUUGAGGAUAUUGAUUUUCUUCCGCUUGAGGAAGAAUCCCCUGGAGUUUUUCUUUGCGGCAUAUGGAAGACAUACUGAAAUUCGAAGAUUGUUGUCGCAAGAUAUCUGUUGAAGAGCGCCAAGUUUUUACGGCGCUCUGCAACACCAAAAUUCUUUAUUUUUUUAAUACAUUACAAUCAUUUUAUUCUUCAAAAAUAUCAAAGCUGCUUUAAAACGUUUUACGACUGUUGUAAAGUUUAGUGGGAAUAUUCAAAUAAGGUUGUUAAAGAUUGGACAUUGAGCAUA